AUGCCGGGGGUGGCGUCCGCAGCGGGAUCGGGGAUCUGGUCGCGCCGGCGGGACGAGAUCACGUUCGAUCGCCUCCAGAAGGUACCAUCGCGUGCCCUCUGCUUCGUUCGUAGCCUGAGCUCGAUCUGGGUGAUGGGAAUUGGGGGCAGGAUUGUGAUUGAUCGUUAUUCUUUCUGGAAUGACUUGCCUCCUCAAGCACGGCAGGAACUCCUCAAAUUGGAUAAGCAAACUCUCAUUGAACAAGCACGCAAGAAUUUCUACUGCUCAAGGUGCAAUGGGUUGCUUCUGGAUAGUUUUGCACAAAUUGUUAUCUAUGGGAAGUCACUGCAGCAAGAAGCUUCAGAUAUUGGUUGUCUGAGGACAGCUACUGAGUCAAGAAUUACACAAGGAGAGCAAGAAGGGGCUCAGGACCUAUCAGUUCACCCCUGGGGAGGCCUUUCAACCACAAAAGAUGGUGUCCUUACACUUCUUGACUGCUUUAUAAAAGCGAAAUCAUUACGGGUGCUUCAGAAUGUCGGUCAUUUAACCGGGCCUAAUGCAUUUUGGCCUUGGAAUUUAAUCAGGUAUUUGACAAUGCACAGGCAAGAGAAAGGAACGGAAAUGCUUUAUCCUGAUGCCUGUGGUGUAGGUGGCAGAGGAUGGAUUAGCCAAGGGAUGGCUAAUUAUAGGGGUCAUGGAAUAAGAGAAAUGUGUGCUCUACACACUGCCCACCUCUCAUGUGAUACGCUGGUGGAUUUCUGGUCAGCGCUUGGUGAAGAAACUAGAUCAUCUCUUCUGCGGAUGAAGGAGGAAGAUUUCAUUGAAAAACUUAUGUACAGGUUUGACAGCAAGAGAUUUUGCCGAGAGUGUCGAAGGAAUGUUAUCCAUGAAUUCAAGGAGCUCAAGGAACUGAAGCGCAUGCGAAGGGAGCCUCGCUGCACCAGUUGGUUUUGUGUUGCAGAUACUGCUUUUCAGUGUGAGGUGUUUGAGGAUGCCGUUGUAGUUGAUUGGCGCCAGUGCUUAUCAGAGCCAGAUGAAUCUUAUGAUCACUUUGAAUGGGCUAUUGGGACAGAUGAAGGAGAAUCCGAUAUUUUUGGCUUUGAAAAUGUUGGAAUGAAGGCACAAGUCCACAGAACUGGAAUCGAUCUUGAUCAGUUUGAGGACUACUUCAUAACGCUGCGAGCUUGGAGGCUUGAUGGGCAGUGCACAGAGCUGUGUGUAAAAGCACAUGCAUUGAAGGGUCAAUCAUGUGUCCACCACAGGCUAGUUGUGGGUGAUGGCUUUGUGACUAUGACAAAGGGCGAAGGUAUUAGAAAUUUCUUUGAGCAUGCUGAAGAGGCCGAGGAGGAGGAUGAAGAUGAUGGUAUGGACAGGGAUGGAAAUGAUUUUGAUGGUGAUGGUGCCCAUCUACAGAAGCAUGCCAAGAGCCCUGAACUGGCAAGAGAAUUUCUUUUGGAUGCUGCUGCUGUAAUAUUCAAAGAACAGGUUGAGAAGGCCUUCAGGGAAGGUACAGCACAGCAAAAUGCACAUAGUGUUUUUGUGUCCCUUGCUUUAAAACUUUUGGAACAGCGAGUUCAUGUAGCAUGCAAAGAAAUCAUUACGUUGGAAAAACAGAACAAACUUCUUGAGGAAGAGGAGAAAGAAAAGCGUGAAGAACAAGAGCGCAGGAUAAAGAGGAGAACAAGAGAGAGAGAAAAGAAGAACAGGAGAAAAGAAAGGCUGAAAGAAAAGGAAAAUAAUAAAGGGAAAAGACUAGUUGAAUUGAAGUCACCAGACGAUAUUUCAUCUUCAGCUCCAAGCAACUCAUCAACAUCUAUCAAUGAUUAUUCGACAAAUACUCUGGACUCAAGAGAUUCAGCUAUGGAAGAGGAAGACAGUGCUGAAGUUGUGAAUCUGUGCUCUCCUGACAGCUGUGUGAAUCAAUCUUCAUGUACAGAAAUUAAUGGAGAAAACAGUAUCCAGUGCAAUGCAGUUACAGAAUUUUCCCCAAUGGACAGCAGUGACCUUUGCACAUCAGAUCAAUCCAAGUCUCUGAGACGAAGUCCAAGGUCAAGAGAGGAUUUUCCUCGAGAUCAGUCCUGUUGGUAUGAUGACUGCCAAGAUGAAUCUGGAAGAAUUGGUGAAUCACAAUGGAAGUCAAGGGAAAGGACAAGAAGUAUUGAUAGAAGUUGCAACACAGCAUCCACCUCAAAUAACAGAACAAGAGACAGGCACUCAUACAAUUCUUGCAGCUGCGGCCAUCCGGAAGACUACGGAGUUAUGGACAGCUGUUUCUUACCAACAGCUAGAUCUGGCAGACAGAUGAAGAUAGCAAGAAAAUUAGGAGUUGAGAAACCCAGGGUGCAGUACCACAGAUGCUAUACUUUGGAUAGCUUUAUAGUGUCAAAAGGAAACCGUGCUGGUUGUACACAGAAAAAUGUUAUCCCAAAGCAAGUAUGGGAGCCUAUGGAUGCUCGAAGGAAAACUAACUUACACAACACAGUUCAUGAUUCAGGUUCAAUUAACAAUGUUGAUCCACUGAAACGUGUGGUUUUUUAUAACAGCGGAUCUCAAAAGUUCGGUGUAGGAUGUGAAUUACAGCCUCAGGCUUCUGAAAGUUCCAGGGAUGUUUGUAAUUCAGAUCAACAAUGUGCAAAUGGUGGGAGAAAUCAAACUACUUCCUGUGCUAGUACUCCUGUGGUGAAUAAACAAAAUUGUUACUCAGAAAAUGAUGAAGGCUCCAGGCAUGAUGAAGAGCUGAUGACGAACUCUGCUGGUUCUGAUAGCUCCUCUUCAUGUAUGAGCGAGGGAGAUAGGGAAAGCAACUCCAGCAGUACAACCUCUUCGAGCGCUCAAAAUCCGGAAUCGUCUUCUGAGUCUGAGGAAUCACCCGAGAGAAUAAACAGCAAAGCAGGUACACCGUCAUCAAGAGCUGCUUCACGGUCUUUGCUUGAAGCAUGUGCAGGGAAUGGUUUCAGAGAAUACCAACCAAAAGCCACCCGCCCAGCACACAAUGACAUGUUUGGGUACAAUGUAUCCCCUGUCCAGGACCAGCUGCUGCAUUACCAAAGCAUGCAUGCACGUCAACAUCCGCCGAUAACAAUGGGGUUUCAUGACCAUUCUUGGGCCGCACCAACGAAUGGAAACUUCCAGUAUGCUCAGCCAUCCCACUUAUAUUCUAGUCCGCUCGCAUUCGGAAUACCUGGGAAUCAUUUUAUUGAUUAUCCUUACAUGGCUCCUGCCUUCAGCCAUAUACUUUCAGAGCCUAUUCACAAGGCCGCAGCCAGCUUUAGAGCCAUGCCUCUGUCACCGCCUUUUCAAAACGGACAUCGGCAGGUUGCUGGUCAUACUCAGAGAGACAUGAAUAUAGAGAGGCACCCUUCAAAGUUGACUAUGCCGACAGGCAAGGAUCCUCCAGAAGACAAGAACAAAUCGGGCCUAAAGGAUCUCCCAGAAGACAAGAACAAACCAUGGGAUGCAGAUGCAUCCUUUUCUCUGUUCCAAUUCAGCUUGCCAAUAGCUUCGCCGGUAACACCAUCAUCGAAAGAUAAAAGCGGAGAGCUGGCUGCAAGGACGCCACUGGUUCAGGUUCAAGCUCAGCUUUGCUCGAGGGAACAGGCAGAUGUGAAAGAGUAUAACCUGUUCUCCUCUAAAGAUAACGAUAUAUUUUCGUUUAUGUAG